AUGGAUAUAAAAAAGCGUUUCUUAUUUCUUGGUCCAACUGGAGUGGGUAAAUCUUCAUUGGUCAACAUUCUCUGUAAUGAUGAUGCCAGAAAAGAAUCCAUGAAUGAACCAGCCAAAGUCGGUUCGACGACAGAUAGUGUUACAAAAUGUUUUACUACUUAUUAUGACCAUAAUAAGUAUGCUUAUACAGACUCUAUUGGUUUUGGUGAUAAUCAAUUCACAACAGAUGAAAUAGUUGCAAUGGUUAAACAACUAAUUGAUAAUGCUAUUAUUGGUUAUAAUAAAAUUUAUUUAUGUAUGCAAUAUGGACGAAUUUCUAUUGAUAUUUGGCGAUAUCUAGAUUUAAUUAAUUCUGUUUUCGGUGAUAGUGGCUUGAAAUGGUGUACAAUUAUUUUUACACAUUGCAACGAAGAAGAAAUGAGCGUUGAAAAGUUUUUACAUCUUAAUAAAAACGACGAGAAAAUUAUAAAACUUAUUGAUAAAGUCGGAAAUGUGAUAUUUGGUGAUCUUCAAUCUCAUAGCAAUCCACACGUCGAUACUCUAUUAAAAGAUAUACGGAAACGCUUGCUAGAUCAAAUUAAACUAGAUGGUUCGCAAUCAAGUCAAUUUUAUUAUUUACCAGUACCAAAAGAUCCUAGCUCUUUGGUAUCCACAAUAUGUGAUGCUGUCAAAAAUUUCAAGCCAAUAAAAAUACCAAUGGAAGAUAUAUUAGCAUACAUGAAAUCGAUAACAAUCAUAAAAGUAGAUAAUACACACUAUUAUGGUGAAUGCAGUGUAUGUUUAGGGCUAAUGUAUCAUACAAACAGUGAAAUUACUACAUGUGGCCAUGUGUUUCAUAAAAGAUGUAUCGCCGACUGGUUUUACCACAAUCGCACAUGUCCGCAAUGCAGAGAGUCUUGCGGAUUACAGAAACUGUUAGCUUGGCUUCCAUCUCAAUUGUCGGUGGAACGCCCCAAAGAACAGGCCAAACGCUAA